ACUGUCCAAGGUAUCACUUUCCUCUGCUUCUAAAGCAAAGAGGCAGCAUGUUGUAGAGGGAUCCUCCACAUAAACCAGCUGUUGCAGGCUGUGCACUCAUUGUUUACCAAGGAUCCUCAGCACUGGAUUAGUCUGUUUUCAGAUCUGCAGAUUUGGUGUGCGAGAUUUGGACUUGUUCAUUUAUGUAAACAAACCAGAAUGCUUCUUGGUAAUCGUGCUGACUGUAGCACUGGAUGCUGAUUGGUCUUUGAGAUUCAUUCCAAAUUGUACUUUCAAACAGGUGCAAGAUAUUCUGUGAAAAGCAAUUUUUGUUCUACAAGUGUCCACCUGAUCCUUACCAACUUUUCUUAGGGGCAGCUUUACAUAGUCAACAUGAAAGAAACGGCUGAGAGUUCUUUCAUUGCCUUGUGGAGUUGUUGCCCAGUCAUCCCAAUUUUGCUGAGCAGAUCUGGCUCGACCAGUUGCUACCGAAUGUUCAGAUAGCUAUUGUGGCUACGAGAACCAGCUUUUUAAUGAAGAGGACUUAACUGGAGAAGAAGAGGAAAUUCCUCCCUUGAGAGGAAGGACAAGAGGAGGAUGUAUGAAAUGUCAGCAGACACAUUCACUCCAGCUUGCUGUCAAAAUGCUGUAUGGCUUUUUUGCUUUGCUCAUUAUUGCUGUGGCCAUCUUGGCAUCCCUUGUUUUUAGGAGAGUUGAUAACUUAUCUGAAGAGGAAUCAUUUUACCACAAAAAGAUUUCGAAAGUCCAGAACAGUAUAAAAGAUUUCAGUAAGGCAAACAACUAUUCCAACUGCUUAGAUGUUGCGCAAUUCCAAGAUGAGAUUGCCAGGCUCCAGAAGGAGUUUGAAGAGCUCCAAAAGAUGGUUCUGAGUCAAGAGCAGCAGUUGGACCAGACCACUCAAUCUCAACAGAGUCUAACACAAUCCAGCAACAGGAUGACGAGAGACCUUCAGGCCUUUGGAAUCACCAUCAAGCGUAUAAACCAGACUCUGGGCCAGUACUUGGAUCAGGUGAAUGGCUGGCAGGUCGUCAUUAAUGAAACUGAUCAAGGAAUGAAAACCCUUGUUGAAGAUCAGUAUGAUUUGAAGGUCACAAUGCAGCAAGUCAACAUUACUGUUGCACUUAGUGCGUUGUGGAUAGGUGCUCUUCAGAGGAAAGCCGAAGAGGAGACCUUAGUGCUUCAAAAAAUAACAGCAGAUUGGCAGAACUACAGCCGAGUUUUAAGUGCACUAAAGUCCAAUGCCAGUAUAACCACACAGACUGUAAGGACUAUACAAAGUGGUGUCUCUGCCACUCACCAGCGAAUAAGCAUGAGCUCAGAGAUGGUACAUGACCUUACUUUACAAGUCAUGAACCUUCAGAUGCAACUCGACAAUGUUUCUUCUUACAUUGACGAACAUGAGGAGAACAUGCAUGACCACCAGUACCAUGCCAAGUACUAUGAGAACCGUACUGGGGAACGAUUUGUUACCUUAGAUGCAAGAAUGAACUCCAUUGAAAUGGAGAUUGACACAAUCUCAUCCAGCAUUAAUGCAACUGUCAGCCAUGUUCAGAGCAUGUACAAAUACAUUAACAUCGAGAGUUCCUCUUGCCAGUCCAGACUGGAUAUUCACACAGAAGAUUUGCAGAACCUCAACAACACGGUUUUACUACUUCUUCACCUGGCUGACACUCUAAGAAUGCAGUACAUGAUGCUGAGCGUACGCCUUGAUGCUGAUGUGAGGAACCUUUCCAUUGUGAUGGAGGAGAUGAAGCUGGUAGACACCAAUCACGCACAGCUGAUCCAGAACUUUACUAUUUUGAAAGGUCUGCCUGGUCCCCCAGGUCCAAAAGGAAACAAAGGGGAACAAGGAGGUAAAGGACCUAUAGGUCUUACGGGAACAAAAGGAGACAGGGGGCUUGCAGGAAAUCGUGGGUCUCAAGGACCAAAGGGUCUUAUGGGUAUUAAGGGUGAUCCAGGAGUACAAGGAGCUUCUGGAAUGAAAGGGAUGUCAGGACUUAAAGGAGAAAAGGGUUCUUUAGGGCAACCAGGGCCUCGUGGUGAAAAGGGACAGAAGGGUGAUAUGGGUGCUCCUGGGAGAGAUGGAGUUCCCGGCCCCAAAGGACCAGCAGGAAUCCGGGGACAAGCUGGACUCCCAGGGGUACAUGGCCCCCCUGGACCGGUAGGAAUACAGGGCCCUAUGGGACCUCCAGGACAACCCGGAAUACCUGGGCCACCAGGGGAGCCUGCACAGAAGUGAUGAGUAGACAGACAUUAUCUUUUUGUUCUUAAAACUUUGCAACUUCCUAUCCCAAAUGGUGAUACAUUAACUGCCUUUAUGGACAGAUUGAUAAUGACGCUUGCAGGGCUGCCGCUAAACUUCAUGGGGCGCGGGACAAAUUAUUUUUGCUGGGCCCCCUCUUCUCUGGGCCCAAUGACUAGGGCCCCCUCAUAUCAGGGCCCGAGGCAAUGUUCCUGGUUGUCCCCCAGAUAACGACCCUGGUCUCUUGUAGUGGAUAGUGGAGAUCCACUUGGAGCUCUUUCAAAGCAAGAUGAUGGUGGGGACACUUGGUAUCUUAGAGGUCUACAUAUGCAUUCCCAAAACAAGGAGUUUGCUCUAAAAACACUUACACACUUUGCAUAGAUGUCAAGCUCAAACCAGUAUGAGCCUCUUCACAGCAGUCUUGCUUAAUAAAUGGUUACAGAGCCAGGCUGCUAUGAAAUCAUUAAUUGUACAAUGUACCAUCUAUUUGCCUCAAAAAGAAAAACCUGUUAAUUUUUUGACAGUACAUUUUUCAUUUUGUAACAAUGAUGGACUGUAUUAGGCAUAUCACUAGGGGUGGUAUAUUUUCCGAUGCAUCACAGUCUUCAUUUAAACGAUUUUGAUUUUGAUAUUGAUUAUUACAUUUUCAAGAUCAGUCUUUUACUCUAUGCGCAACCCUCCACUACACUGAGAGGUAAUCACUCGCAUUUGCAACCAAAUUUAGGGCCAUGCGACUAAAAUGUAUAUAUUUGGCAACUGGCAAGUAAAUGUUAAGAUUUCACACACCAGUUAAUGAAUUGUGAAGUAUAGUCAUGGAGUAUUCAGCAGCAAGAUCCUUUCACUGUGUGUUGAGAGUAAAAGUUGCUCCUUUAAUGUGUGUCCAAAGACAAGAUACACGCGACCCACUUGUCACUGAGUAACAUCUUUUUUAAUACCCUUUCUGUACUUUACAGUGAGUUGUUGAUCAUAAACAAAAAACAAAAAAAGAAACAUUUAAUUCUAAUCAGGCAUAGCACAGAUGAGAUAAAGCCAUUCGAGUCUCUCUUGUUAACAUGCGCUUAUUUAAAGAUACUGACAGUACCAGUUUUUAGCAUGUGUUCAACAAAUCAAUCUAAAUGCCUCUAAAUAGUACAAAUUAUGCAAUUAAACAAUAAAAAUGUAACAAAAUAUAAUAUAUGCAAUAUAAUGUUAUAUUUAUUGAUUAAAUACAUUGAUUUGUUCAUUUUUAAAAAAGCUAAAAUUUGACCAAAAUGAUGAAAUACUAAUAAAAUAUAAUUAGUAAAAUUAAUAUUUACAUAUUGUACCAAGUUAGAAGGUCCCCUGUAUAAUUCACAGAAUUAGCUGCGAGAGAAUUUAUUUAAUAUAUAAGCAAAAGGGACAUUAUAACUAAAAUCGAAAUCUGAAUCGAAUCGAGAGCUUAUGAAUUAGAAUCGAAUUGGGAAAUCUGCAUCAAUACCCAGCCCUAUAUAUCAUGGUCUAAUUGAUUAAAAUGUUAAAUAUUCAGAGCACUUUGGUAUGAUAAGGCAUCCAUACCAAGAUAUCAAUAACAGACAAAUGUUUUUGUGAUCCUAGAGCACUUUUAAAGCAUUUGCGAGUGAAAACAGACAAACAUUAGAACAAUUCAGAUUGUGUUUAAUUGCUUUUUAUGAAGUGUAUUAGUAGUGCAGCGACCUCAGCUUUGUAAUUGUUUCAUAAUCAUAGAACAUACAGAGCAGGUACUCUGGUGGAACAAGAUUUGUAUUGUGAAAGUUGAUUGUACUAAAUAUUUCCAGGAGUAUUUAGAUUGUCCUAAAUACUUCCAGCCUGGUCAAGCUUGCCUAGUUAACUGGUUUUAGAGGGAUUUUCUGUAAUAGCCAGAUGGUCAGGUUAAGACUAGCUGGCCGACCAGCCAUACCAGCUGAACACCAGCUUGGUCAGGUUGGAAGACUAGCUAAGACUAGCAAACCAUCUUAGUCUGGUUUAAGAUGGGGGUUUUUUAAGCAGGGAAGGCAAUGCGUAGUCAAAUGUACAGACAAAUGUAUUAAUUCAUGAAAAAUGGACAGUGCAACAUUUUAAUGCACCUAUUGGUUUGUCUGAUUUCUCAAUGUGUAAAUAUAGAUCAUGUAUUUUUGAAUUUAUGCAUUGGUUAAUUGCCUCCAUUUUGAGGCUCUUUCUUGGUGCUCAUGCGGAGGCCCUGAUUAAGUGAUAUACAAUCUCUUUGCACAACAAUAAAGAAUUUGAACAGAAGAGGAACAAUUUGUUUAACAUUUUGU